GUGAACACCUCACGCAGCGCAGAAAAGGUAGUUCAUCUUCUCGCUCUCGUCGUCAGCUAGAGACAUACACUACCUCCGCUCCGCUCCAAAGCUGUGCAGACACGCCAAAGACCGCCUUCCCGCUCACGUGCUAGACACCUCAAUCGCCAUUCGACACGUGCUUGCCCAAGACCAGACCAACCCCACCACCCUCAGCAUCCCAUUGCCUCUGCGGUGAGCAAGCUCUCUGUGCAGUGGCUCUCCUGCUCUGCUGCAUUUUGCGCCGGCCGCCUGCGCCCCGGCAGAAAUUUUAGACCACGAUGACCAUGACCAUGACCGCGGCGGCGGCGGCCGCCAACUCAGGCGCCAGCGUACCCAUCAACAUACACAGCAGCAGCAGGCCGGACACAGUCAAGCGCAAGCAGCCGAGGUACGCAGAUGCACAUGCCGAGCCGGCUGCCAGACCUGGAAAUUCAAGAGGGCCUGGAGGUCUUUGGAAGCUUCGACAGCCACGAAAGCAGGAGCUGGAGCAGCAAGGUCAUCCUUCCGCUGAGCCAGCGACAAAGAAUGUCGUUGUUCUUGGAGGCUCUUACGGCGGCAUGCAUGCUGCCGCUGUUCUGGCCGCACGCCUGCCGCCGAGCCACCGCGUAAUACUGAUCGAGAGGAACAGUCAUUUCAAUCAUCUCUAUGUAUUUCCCCGAUUUAGCGUCCUGCCUGGCCAUGAGCACAAGGCGUUCAUCCCAUACACAUCCAUCUUUAAAGAUGCUCCGCCACGGGGGCCAGGGCAAAGGAGGCAGGGCAGGGCAAACCGGAAGGAAGCAUCGCAGGCUGAGACGGCAACAGAGGGCGGCUCAUCAGCGGCAGAAAGACAAGCGGCUGUCCGCAAAGGUCUGCUUGAAUUCUCGCCGGUGCAAGCAAGAGAAGGGCUGCCGAGGACGCGUCAAGACGAUAAGGACGGCUCGGCCUCCACCUCCUCGGCCUCCACCUCCUCGGCCUCCACCUCCUCGGCCUCCCAUCCCUCCUCGCUCGCCUCCUCUCUUGACAACGUUUCCCCCAGCUCGGUGGCCACCACUUCGCCAUCAGCCCACUCUUCCUUGGCAUCCUCCUCCAUCUUGCAUCCACUUCCCCACUCAGAGGAGCAUCACGAAAAGCAGCUGGUAUCGCGGGACGAGAUGAAACAUGAGCUCGCCGAGGCCCGCGAGCGCGUUGAGAAAAAGGAGGAAUGGAGCACAUUUGCGCAUUUCAAGCGUCUCGCCGACACAGACGCCGCAGUAGAUGACGCUUCUGCAUCCCAGGCCGCGGGGAACAGCCAAGCCGGACUGUCCGAACUCGGCAAGGAAGAGGACCAGCAGGCGCCCGAAAACGUGGGCCCGGAGGUGGAUGUCGAGCACGGCCAAACAGGCAGUCCGCACCUCGUGCUUCAGGCGACCGUCACGAGCAUCACCGACUCUCACGUCGUCGUCACCCCCGCUACGCGCGACGAUCCGCUUUUCGACUCCCUCACUGGCGGCAGCUGGAACUCGACCAGGUCUGGCUCCGCGGCCACAAUGGCGGCGGCAGCCGUAGCGGAGGGCAAGAGCAAGCUAUGGGAGAUAUCUUCCUUCUCGAUCCCUUACUCGCACCUGAUCUACGCUCUUGGCUCACACCUCCCGGACCCGCUGCGCACUGAGGCGCGCACCAAGCGCGAAGGUAUGGACUGGAUGAAACGCAUCCAGGCGCGCGUCGAGGAAGCUGCAGAGAUCGUUCUCGUUGGCGGCGGCGCACUUGGCGUUGAGUUCGCUACAGACAUUGCGUCCGUGUACGCUGACCGCAUGCUGCGUCCCGGCGAGGACGCCGCGCGGGCGUGCGACGCGCAAGGUCGCCGCAAGAAGCAAGUCACGCUCAUCCACAGCCGUGCGCAUCUGCUACCCAAUUUUGACCCGCGCGUGCACGACUUUGCGCUCGCGCGGCUGCAACAGCUCGGCGUCCGCGUCGUUCUGGGCGAGCGCCUCGCACUGACGCAGGGGUGUCCCAAGGGCAGCACCGUCAGCGUUGAAGAGAAUGCGGAGGCGCUCGCUACUCAGCAGCAGCAACCAGCACCUGCAGCCGAUAAGGUCGAUGAGAACUUUGCCAACGCCAAGCUCCUGAAAGACACAGCCGGGCACAGCAUCUCCGCUCCUGCCAAUGACGGGCACCACGAGCGUAAGAUCAUCCGCACCACCGGCGGCAAAAUCUUCUCUGCAGACCUGCUCAUGCUCUGCACAGGGCAGCAGCCCAAUUCGGGCCUCAUGGCGCAGCUCUCGCCGUCCAGUGUGGACCCCAAGACGCGCCUGGUCCGUGUACUGCCCACGUUGCAGGUCGCUGUACCCGACCCGAGGGACGCGGCGCAAAUGCCCUUCGAGAUGCGGCCGCCUUGCGGCGAUUGCGACUGCUUCCUCGACCGAAAAACCGCCGGUGCCGAGCGCGAACAGCAGCAACAGCAAGGCAGACUCGAUGGUGACGCCUUGCCUAUGAAGCAUCGGCGUUACAUCGAGGGCAUGCACAACGUCUAUGCAAUCGGGGACGUAGCCGAUGCAUUCGGUGCUAUCAACGCUGGCUACCAGGCGUGGAGCAUGGCAGACGUCGCCGCAGAGAACAUCCUGCGCGAUCUCGGCGUCACUACAUCCACGAAUGUUCCUGACGCAGAAGCCGAUGCGGACACGGAUGCGAAUGCCGGGGCGGACGACAUCUCGGGCGCAAGCGCCAGCUCGCCCCUGGAGCUGCAGGAGUUCGACCCGACGCCAACGAUGCUCAAACUGAGUCUUGGCCUCGGCAAGAUGGUCUUUCAAGGCGGGCCCGUGACAGACCCAGCGAAACCAGACAAGCCGCCGCGGCCUGAAGUCACACUCAAAGACGACCCGCAUGACUUGGCCGUCGAGGGCGUCUGGAAGUUCAUGGCCAAGGCGUCGACGGAUGAUUUGUAUUUGUGAUUGUGC